AUGAUGAAGAAAUUGCAUGGAUUAGUGUUGUGUCUGUUGCUGUUGCUGUCAACUCUUUUGCUUUCUGCGGUAUCAUUUGCAUCCAGUGAUGGGCUGAGAAGAAUUGGAUUGAAAAAGAUUAAAUUUGACCCUAACAAUAAGCUUGCUGCUCGAGUUAGAUCUAAAGACGCAGAGUUUUUCGGUAAAAAGUAUAAUGGCCAAAACAAUUUGCUUCGCUCCGAAGAAACUGAUAUUGUUGCGUUAAAGAAUUACCUAGAUGCUCAGUACUAUGGUGAAAUAUCUAUUGGAACAUCUCCUCAGAAGUUCACUGUUGUUUUUGAUACUGGAAGCUCUAAUCUGUGGGUUCCGUCUUCCAAAUGUACCUUCUCGGUUGCAUGCUACUUCCAUGCCAAGUACAGGUCAACCAAAUCAAAUACAUAUAAGAAAAAUGGGACUGCUGCUGCAAUUCAUUAUGGUACUGGAGCAAUUUCUGGCUUCUUUAGCUAUGACAAUGUCAAAGUUGGUGACAUAGUUGUCAAAAAUCAGGAAUUUAUUGAAGCAACUAAGGAGCCUGGUGUUACCUUUUUGGUGGCCAAGUUUGAUGGUAUAUUGGGACUUGGGUUUCAAGAGAUAUCAGUUGGAAAGGCUGUUCCAGUGUGGUACAAUAUGGUUGAACAAGGUCUUAUUCAGGAGGCAGUAUUUUCGUUUUGGUUCAACCGUAAACCAGAGGAAGAGGAAGGGGGUGAGAUUGUCUUUGGUGGUGUUGAUCCUGCUCACUACAAGGGAAAUCACACUUAUGUUCCUGUGACAAGAAAAGGAUAUUGGCAGUUUGAUAUGGAAGAUGUAAUUAUUGAUGGUAAUUCCACUGGAUAUUGUGCUGAUGGCUGUUCGGCCAUUGCUGACUCGGGGACUUCAUUGUUAGCAGGUCCAACGACUGUAAUUACCAUGAUAAACCAUGCAAUUGGAGCAUCUGGAGUUGUAAGCAAAGAGUGCAAGACCAUUGUUGCGGAGUAUGGUCAAACAAUAUUGGACCUGCUUUUAUCUGAAGCACAGCCGAGGAAGAUCUGUUCCCAAAUUGGAUUGUGUGCUUUUGAUGGCACUCGUGGUGUUACUUUGGGUAUCGAGAGUGUAGUAGAUGAGAAUGAAAGAAAAUCAUCUGGUGGUUUUCACACUGCUGCUUGUUCUGCCUGUGAGAUGGCAGUUGUUUGGGUGCAGAACCAGCUGAAACAAAAUAAGACUCAAGAUCAGAUACUAACCUAUAUCAAUAAUCUUUGUGAUAAAGUGCCUAGCCCAAUGGGAGAAUCAGCUGUUGAUUGUGAGAAUAUCUCUUCGUUGCCUGUAGUUUCCUUCACAAUUGGUGGAAGAACUUUUGACCUUGCCCCAGAGGAGUACAUACUUAAGGUGGGCGAAGGUCCUGCAGCUCAGUGCAUUAGCGGCUUUAUUGCUCUAGAUGUUCCUCCUCCACGAGGCCCUCUCUGGAUCCUUGGAGAUAUCUUCAUGGGACGUUAUCACACAGUCUUUGAUUUUGGUAAAUCAAGAAUCGGAUUUGCUGAUGCAGCUUAA